AUCCGACGAUCUUUAGCAAUGGCUCUCUUCCUGGUCGCUCUUCUUCUUGGAACCGCAGCAGCAGCACGGCUGAGCAGUUUCAAUGACGAUGACAAGAUCAUCGGGGGGUACGAGUGCCAGCCCCACUCCCAGCCGUGGCAAGUCUUUUUGACCUACGGCAACGGCUACCGGUGGUGCGGGGGCUCCCUGAUUAAUAACCGCUGGGUCAUCUCUGCGGCUCACUGCUACUUGAGCCCUAGCACUCUUAGGGUGCACCUUGGCGAACAUGACGUCACCGUUGAGGAAGGCACCGAGCAGCACCUCCAGGUGGAAAAAGUCAUCCCACAUCCUCAGUACGAUUCCGGAGUCAGGUUCAACAACGACAUCAUGCUGAUCAAGCUGGCCCACCCGGUCACCUUCAACAGCUACGUGCAGCCCAUCAACCUCUCUCCAACCUGCCCCAAGGCAGGGGACUCCUGCCGCGUCUCCGGCUGGGGGAACCUUCUGAUAUAUGGAGUUAAAUAUGCGGACACCUUGCAGUGCCUGAACUUGCCCAUUCUUUCCACCAACGUCUGCCAAAAAUGCUACCCAAGCCGCAUCUCUGUGAACAUGUUCUGUGCUGGCUACCUGCAGGGAGGCAAGGACUCUUGCCAGGGAGACUCCGGGGGCCCACUGGUGUGCAAUGGAGAACUGGCCGGCAUUGUGUCCUGGGGGUCCGGAUGUGCCCUGGAAAACAAACCUGGCGUGUACACGACUGUCUGCAAUUACAAGGAAUGGAUAGAGGAGGUACUCGCAAACAACUGA